ACUAGUAUGAUUUAUUCCAUCCAAUCAAAAUUCAAGAAAAUCUGCAUGAAAGGUCAACGAAAACAACUUAUUCUAAUUUUUUGACAAGGAAAAUUGAACUACGUCAAAAUUUCUGGUCAAAACAUUCCAGCUUGUUUUGGAGGAGUAGUUUUUCACGUGGUAAAACUGAAAUGUAAAAGUGCUAACGUGUUCUAGCUGAGAAAAUGGUCAGGGUUCUGUGUGGAAGACUGGAAUAGUGUUUGUUCUUUAUACGUUCCCGGAGCAGAUUUCGGGAGUCCAGCUGGGAGGCUACUCUAGAGUAUGGCUGACAAUCCGGGCCACUCCAUACCACAAACAGAGAUGGCGCACGAGGGCGCCGGCGCGGCGGAGAGCUCGCCGCAGCCGACGCCGUCGCCGCCGCACGCGCCGCGCCUGCCCGCCGCCGAAGCCAGCUUUCAUUCUCAAAUCAUGCAGAAUCAGAGCCCAAGAAAGAACCAUAUAGCGGAGAGAGCGAAACAAACGUUAGAAAAUAGUUUCCUGUUACAAGGCCAUAUGUCACCGGGAAACCACGGCGGCGCGACCAGUCGACGGCUACCAACGAAAUGCUUGGUUGCGCAACCGAGCGGACACCAGCUGAAGAAGCAGCAACAGCUGCAGCAGGAGAUCCUGCUGCAGCACUUCCAGCAGCAGCGCGCGCAGCUCGCCGAGCAGCAUGAGCAGCAGUUGCGGCAUCAUCUCAAGCCUGUUUGGUUUCAGCUGUGGGAGCAGCAGAAGCAGAUGGAGGAGGCGGCCUUGCGAGAAGCGAGGGAGGCGAGGGAGGCGAGAGAAGCGAGGGAGGCGAGGGAGAGGCACGAGAGGGACAGGGUGGAGCUGCUGCGGAAGAGGGACAAGCAUGAGCACAGCGCUAAUGCGUCCUCGCAAGUCAAGCAAAAACUUCAGGAGUUCUUAAAGAAGAAGCAAGCCGCGGCGAAUGCCAACGGCACUGUUCCUGGAUCUCCUUACAGAAAUUGGGGUAUCGUAAAAUCGUCAUCGGGCGAGUCCAUCACGUCAGCGAGCGCGGCGGCCACGCACCCGUACAGACUGGCGGCGCCGCCGCUACCUCUAGCUCUCAACGCCGCCCCUCAGCCCUCGCCCACUGACUUCCCUUUAAGGAAGACUGCGUCGGAGCCCAACAUGCUGAAGGUUCGGCUGAAGGCGCGCGUCAUCGAGCGCCGCGCGUCCCCGCUCGCGCGGCGGCCGCUCAAGACGCGCCCCAAGCACCGCAAUUGCGACGGCAGUUCGCCGCGUGGCUCACCUACCGGCGCGUGUACGGCCGCGCCAAUCCGCGAAGAGGAGGAACCGAGUACCCGACCAGAGUUACUGUUCUCUUCACCUUCCAUGCCGAAUAUCUCACUCGGCAGGCCCGCGCCCGCUCCUGUCCCGCAGGUGAUGGUGUCGGUAUCCCUGCCGCCCGUGUGCGAGGCGGAGCCCUACGUGGCGCCGCCGGCGGGGGCGGGGGCGGGGGCGGGCGCGGGGGCGGCGUACACGCGGCCGCCGGCGCGCCCCCUCGGCCGCACGCACAGCGCGCCGCUGCCGCUCGGCGACCCCGCGCUGCAGCACUCGCACACCUACCUGCGCGAUCAGAUACGGAAGACGGUCCUGACGCGCGCUCACGACGCCGCGGCGGCCGCGCUCCGCGAAGAAGAGGGUGAGGUGAUCGACCUGACGGCGCGGCGCGCGGCCGUGGCGGCGGCGCCGCUAGCCCGCGCGCUCAGCUCGCCGCUCGUCGGCGCACGCGCGCCCGCCACCGGGCUCGCCUACGACGCGCUCAUGCUGAAGCACGGGUGUGCGUGUGGUGCGCACGCACCCCAACACCCCGAGCACGGCGGGCGCCUGCAGUCGGUGUGGGCGCGCCUGUGCGAGACCGGCCUGCUGGCGCGCACGGAGCGCACGAGGCCGCGCAAAGCGUCCCUCGAGGAGCUCCAAUCGGUGCACCUGGAGUCCCACGUGGCGCAGUUCGGCGGGCGGCGCGCCGGGGCCGCGGGGCCGCGCCAGCUCGUGCGCCUGGCCUGCGGCGGCCUCGGCGUGGACUCCGACACCGCCUGGUCCGACAUGCACACCGCCGCCGCCGCGCGCAUGGCCGCCGGCGCCGUGCUCGACCUCGCCACGCGCACGGCCAGGGGCGAGCUCCGGAACGGAUUCGCGGUGGUGAGGCCACCGGGUCACCACGCGGAGCCCAACCAGGCGAUGGGCUUCUGUUUCUUCAACUCUGUGGCUGUGGCUGCGAGGUUGCUGCACCAGCGACUGCGGUUGCAGAGGAUACUCAUCGUCGACUGGGAUGUCCACCACGGCAACGGCACGCAGCAGAUCUUCUACGAGGACCCUCACGUGCUCUACAUCAGCAUCCACCGGCACGACGACGGGAACUUCUUCCCCGGCACCGGCGCGGCCUCGGAGUGUGGCGCGGGCGCCGGCCUCGGGUUCAACGUGAACAUCGCGUGGGCCUCCGGCCUCAGCCCGCCGCUCGGGGACGCGGAAUACUUGGCGGCCUUCCGGUCGAUCGUCAUGCCCAUUGCCAAGGAGUACGACCCGGAGCUGGUGCUGGUGUCGUGCGGGUUCGACGCCGCGGCCGGGCACCCCGCGCCGCUCGGCGGCUACACCGUCAGCGCGGCGUGCUUCGCCAACAUGACGCAGGACCUCAUGCAGCUCGCCAACGGGAAGGUGGUGCUGUCCCUGGAGGGCGGCUACGACCUGCCCGCCAUGUGCGACUGCGCGCAGGCGUGCGUGCGCGCGCUGCUGGGCGACCGCGUGCCGCCGCCCGCCGCGCACGAGCUGGCGCGCGCGCCCGCGCAGCCCGCGCAGGACACGCUGCGGCACACGCUCGCCGUGCAGGCGCCGCACUGGCCUAAGAUAAAACGGUACAGCAGUCUGAUCGGCAUGUCGGCGUUAGAAGCCGCGCCCGCAGUCGCCGCGGCCAGGCUAGGGCGCCUGCAGACGGAGCGCGACGCGGCCGACACCGCCGCCGCCAUGGCCACGCUGUCCAUGCACCACCCCCCGCACGCCGACGCCAAGCCCAGUUCACCAGACUCGUCACGGUCGGUGUCAGAAGAGCCGAUGGAGCAGGACGAGGGCAAGUGAGCCCUGGUGCGUGAACAUGUAUGUACAGUUACUGCUAACAUUCCGCCGCCGGCCCUACCGCCCUGGCGACCCUAGUGACCCUAGGGCCAGGGCCAGUCCGCGGCUCCUCGAAUCUGCGCUACAGUCAGGAGAGUACUGAUAAACCUAUUUAUUUAGACCCAGAACUAGUGACCAUAUUUUGCGCUCGAUAAGUAAAGAAUUUAUGUAUAUUUAUGGAAGUUGUACAUAUAUAAUAUAAUAUGAGAGUAUAUCGACGUUAGACGUGCGCGCCGAGCGCGAGAUGUUUAUGUGACGUUGUGAACUUUACGAACGAAAUGUGUCCUGCCAAAUGUCCAUCUCGAGGCGAGAUGUUUGUAGUUACGUUCAAUAAUUGUCUAUUUGAUGUAAUUCAUAAUGAAUUAGCUAAGCUAUAGAUACGUGUGUAGGUGUUAAAAUUAAGACAAAUCUUAAUUUGAAAGCUUUAAAAUGUAGUAAAAUGAUAAUUUGUACAAAAAAAUAUCAAUAUUUGGAAGAAAUGUUUUAUAUGAAUAAUCUACGAAGUAGGUAAUGUAAUUAUAUAGUAGGCGGCGUUUAGAGAAUUGCCUAAAUGAAUGUUAUAUAUUUUCCCUCGUGGGCGUGCUGAAAAAUUUAUAUAUUUAUAUGAAAAAGAUACUCAAGUUUCUUGUUACGGAAAUGUAGAUUUCCUUUCAUUGUGCCCCUGGGGCUUGCCACUCUUCACUUGUCUACUAUACCAAAGAUAGUAAUCUUUCAAUUUCUAAUAAAUUAUUCGUCUACUUACGAGUAGCCGGUGUUAUUCACGUUAAGCCCGCUUCCCCACUUGGCGGCGCGGUAUCGGUCCCGAAUCUGCACCAAUCAGGAACAAGUACUGCUUACUGCACCGAUACCGCGCCGCCAAGUGGGGAAGCGGGCUAACUGUGAAUUUCUGUCUCUGUGAUGAGUUGAAGUUGUACAAUUGAUUGUUGUUUGUCAAAGUGUUUUAAAUUGUACGAUUUGUAUCAAAGUCUAUGAUUUAUGGAUGGAGUCCUGCUUUAUCGAAUAGUUUACUAGGCAUAAAAUUUAAGUCGGGACUUACUUUACUAACUUGCACAAAAGGACGUUUUUUGGAGGACCCUUUGUGUAGGAAGCUGUUCAAAGAUAAUGUGCAAUACCUAUAUGUAGUUUGGCGCUUAAUUUCAUAGUCAUAAUACAAUUGUCAAAUUUGAAGCUACAAACGGGCAGAUAAUUUUCCAAUGGCGGUACAUAUUUUCUUGUACUAAGUUUUCUAAAGGGUACGUCGUAUGUUCUAUAGAUCUUUUUUUUUAAAUAGAGCUUAAAUUACGGACAAAACAUACCAGUUCUAUAGAACAAAUGAAAUACCCAAGCAUUCUGCUGAUUGGCUCCAAACACUUAGACCCAGAUAUCUUUAUGGAUCCAUAGAUUGUAUUUUCGUAAUGAGACUUGUGGAAUCGGAUAGAUUUGAAAUUGAAAGUGACGUGUAUAUAUUUGUAUAGUAGUGGAUCCGAGUUUGGAUCCAAGUGUAUGGAGCCGCUGCCGGCGAGUGAAGUAGGCGCGCUGUGUUCGGCCGUCGGCCGUAGGAUCCAAUCCUGUACGUUUAAUAAUACAAUGUUGUGUCUUUGAGAAUUUUAUUGUUAAAUUGGAAUACAGAUGAAAUAAUUAUUUAAUAAAUGUAUAUAUACCUACAUAUAUAUAUAUUUGCAAAUACAUGAGCAUUUUUAUUUUAAA